CGCCGCGGCUGCUGCUCCGGCUGCUGCAGGAGGCGGCGCUGGCUGGCGGCUGCGCUCGCUCCAGUCGGCGAGCGGAGCAGCGAGCGAGCGUGUGUGUGUUUUUUAAAGAUGGCCGGAGCGGCGGCGGCGGUGGCCGCGGGAGCAGCAGCUGGAGCCGCCGCGGCAGCCGUGUCGGUGGCGGCUCCGGGCCGGGCCUCGGCGCCUCCGCCGCCCCCGCCGGUGUACUGUGUGUGCCGGCAGCCGUACGACGUGAACCGCUUCAUGAUCGAGUGCGAUAUCUGCAAGGACUGGUUCCACGGCAGCUGUGUUGGUGUAGAAGAACAUCAUGCUGUUGACAUUGACCUUUAUCACUGUCCCAACUGUGCCGUUCUACAUGGCUCCUCCUUGAUGAAAAAACGGAGGAAUUGGCACAGGCACGACUACACAGAAAUUGAUGAUGGCACCAAACCAGUGCAAGCUGGGACUAGAACUUUUGUGAAGGAGUUACGUUCUCGAGUCUUCCCAAGUGCCGAUGAAAUCAUUGUAAAGAUGCAUGGCAGCCAGCUAACACAAAGAUACCUGGAGAAACAUGGAUUUGAAGUUCCUAUUAUGGUCCCCAAAUUAGAUGACCUAGGACUCAGGCUCCCUCCACCUACUUUUUCUGUCAUGGAUGUGGAACGCUAUGUAGGUGGUGACAAAGUGAUAGACGUCAUCGAUGUGGCGAGGCAGGCAGACAGCAAAAUGACCCUUCACAAUUAUGUUAAAUAUUUCAUGAAUCCUAACAGACCAAAAGUGUUAAAUGUGAUCAGCCUUGAAUUUUCAGAUACAAAGAUGUCUGAAUUGGUGGAGGUCCCUGAUAUAGCCAGAAAACUUUCCUGGGUGGAAAAUUACUGGCCAGAUGAUUCAGUUUUUCCCAAGCCGUUUGUUCAGAAGUACUGCUUAAUGGGAGUUCAAGACAGCUACACGGAUUUCCACAUUGACUUUGGUGGAACUUCAGUCUGGUACCAUGUCCUCUGGGGUGAGAAGAUUUUCUAUUUGAUAAAGCCAACAGAUGAAAACUUGGCACUCUAUGAGUCUUGGAGUUCAUCUGUGACCCAGAGUGAGGUGUUCUUUGGAGAUAAGGUGGAUAAAUGCUACAAAUGUGUGGUAAAGCAGGGACAUACUUUAUUUGUUCCUACAGGGUGGAUUCAUGCUGUGCUCACAUCUCAGGACUGUAUGGCUUUUGGGGGGAACUUUCUGCACAACCUUAACAUUGGCAUGCAGCUCAGGUGUUACGAGAUGGAAAAAAGGCUAAAAACACCAGAUCUUUUCAAAUUCCCUUUCUUUGAAGCCAUAUGUUGGUUUGUAGCCAAAAAUUUGCUGGAAACCUUGAAAGAACUGAGAGAAGAUGGUUUCCAGCCUCAAACUUACCUAGUACAGGGAGUGAAAGCACUGCAUGCUGCUUUAAAGUUAUGGAUGAAGAAAGAACUUGUAUCCGAACAUGCUUUUGAGAUCCCAGACAAUGUCAGACCUGGACAUCUUAUUAAAGAACUUUCAAAAGUAAUUCGAGCAAUAGAGGAGGAAAAUGGCAAACCAGUUAAAUCUCAGGGAAUUUCUACUGUGUGUCCAGUUUCACGAUCCUCAAACGAAGCAACUUCCCCAUAUCAUUCCCGACGAAAGAUGAGGAAACUUCGAGAUCAUAAUGUCCGAACUCCUUCUAACCUAGACAUCCUAGAGCUCCAUACAAGGGAGGUCCUCAGAAGGUUAGAGAUGUGUCCAUGGGAAGAGGAUGUCUUGAGCUCUAAACUGAAUGGAAAAUUUAACAAACAUCUCCAGCCAUCUUCCACAGUCCCUGAAUGGAGGGCAAAAGAUAAUGAUCUACGGUUACUGCUGACCAACGGAAGGAUAAUUAAGGAUGAGAGACAACCCUUCGCCGAUCCAAGUCUUUAUACAGUGGACAGCGAAAAUGAGGAGGACAAGAGAAGGACGAAAAAGGCAAAAAUGAAGAUGGAGGAGAGUUCGGGGACAGAAGGGGCGGAGAAUGAAGAGUCCGAGAAACCACUUAACAGGUUUUUUACAAGUGUGAAAUCGGAACUCAGGAAUCGAUCAUCAGAAUAUUCUGAUAUUUCUGAUUCAGAAGACUCUGGACCUGAUUGCACUGCACUGAAAAGUAAUUUUACCACUGAAGAGUCUGAAAGUUCAGGUGAUGAAAAAAAACAAGAAAUAACAUCAAACUUCAAGGAGGACUCUACUGUGAUGAGGAACUUCCUUCACAAGGGCCAGAAGCCCUCUAGAAGUGAAAUUCCAAUUAAAAGGGAAUGUCCUACCUCGACGAGCACAGAGGAAGAAGCUAUUCAGGGCAUGUUGUCGAUGGCAGGGUUGCACUACUCCGCGUGUUUACAGAGGCAGAUACAAAGCACAAAAGACUGCAAUGGUGAAGGAGACUGUCUCCAGGAUCCCGGCGGCUGUCACAGCAGUAACCAGGAGGCUCGACAGGUGUAUCGCUGUGAUAAGCCAGUGGAAUGUGGGUACCAUGUCAAGACGGAAGAUCAAGAUUUGAGAGGUUCUUCCUGGAUUAAACAAUUUGAUACAACUUCCAGAUUUCAUCUUCAGGAUCUAAGUAGAGGCCAGAAAUGCAUCAAAAAGGAAGGCUCGUCAGAGAUCAGUCAGAAGGUACAAAGUAGGAAUUCUGUGGACAGCAGCGGCGCAAGCCCUCAAAAUGGGAAGUCUACGCAGAAUUCCAGCUUGAUUUCAGCGGCGUGCCGGAUAAAUAAUGGCGGCGUAAGCCCAGAAAGGCCAGUUGGUGAAACUUCCUUCUCCGUGCCCCUUCACCCCACCAAGAGACCCGCGUCAAAUCCACCACCUAUCAGCAACCAGGCAACAAAAGGUAAACGUCCAAAAAAAGGAAUGGCCACAGCCAAACAACGUCUUGGGAAGAUCCUGAAGUUGAACAGAAAUGGCCACGCCCGUUUCUUCGUGUGAGGAGCCGCCACUGCGGCCGCUCUUCCCUUUGGAGACAGACUCGGCGGAGGCGCGGGAGCCUGGCGCUCCCCGCCGCGCCCCUGCCCGGAGCAGUUUGCAUGUACAGUAGAGAACACUGCCGGAGGAACAAAAUGAACCUGAUGCUGCAUUUUCACUGUGCCACACCCACUCAGCAAUAACCGUUUGGACCUGGUGGGGGAGAGGAAGAAGGAGGGUAGAACCUUAAAAAGAGACCUUGAACUGGAAAAGGUCUCUUGUCAGGGCUUGAAUUUCAUUUUGUUGUUGGUAGUGUGUUGAUUUAUUUUCAGUGGUAGGGUAAAAAAUUAUCAAUAAUUUAUUUAACAGAUUUUUUUUUUUUAAAGUUAACAGCUUUUAAAUUCUUUCUUUUUUAAAGCUAUUUAUUUGGAAGAUUUCUGGAGAAAUAUCUCACUAAUUUAGAUUUAAGAAUGUGAAAGUUUUUAAAUUAUUUUUGAUAGUGUGUAUGUUACAUGUGGGGAAGAGCCACAGUAACAGUAACUAGUCUGGACUCUUAAAUUUGAUAUUCAGGUUAAAGUCUUAAACAGGGAUUUGAUGCAUUAAUUAUUUUAAAUUAAGAUGUAUAUGAAAAUCAUUUUAUUUUAUAUAUUUCAUGUGUUUUUUAUAAGCUAUUAGCUUCGCUUUUGCUAACAUCCAAGGUGCAUACUGUUAUCCAGGUUGAUUACCUUAUAUCCCACCUUCCCUCUGCACUCCCCAUCAUUUUGUGACGACGCAACAAGACUCUUCUCUUUGCAGGGAAACACUUUCAUAGCCAAUGUGUAAGAAUUACAUAAAAGAUCCCACAUUUCUCAUUUCGUUUGACAUUGCAGUUUUCUUCUAAUUCUGUAAAAAUAGGCUUCUUGCAUUUUCAUUUUUGCUGAUGAUAUCUGGGUCCCAAAGAGAACAGCUUUAAUAUCUUUUUCCUACUUGUGGGAAAAGGAUUAUACGUUUGGUUAAAUUGUCAUGUUUAUAGUUUUUCAAAUACAUUUGUAACUACAGAGGGCCUUCUUCAUACUGCUGGUGUUGGAGGGCAGGACGAGCACCUGCCACAGAGGUUAUAUUUUAUGACGCUUUUAUUCUGUGUACCUAACUUGUUGGAAAAUAAUGAGAUAUGGUUUGACUUCGUAUAUUCAAAUCUGCAUAAUAAGCCGUAAUAUAAUAGGACUAUACUAUAUUAAGUUGUAUAGAAGCAAGCAUGUUGGAGUAGAUCUUUUGGGUGUAUGUGUGUUUAGUUUCUUCUCUCUUAACCUUCUAAAGAAAUAUCUAAGAUAUGGAUUUGGAGUAAAAUGGGUGCUUCUUGCAGUUUCUUCCAUCUGUCCUAACUUAACCAGUGUAUAUUGAGUAUCUGGUUGAGCUUGAAGGAAUCACUUCUCUCCUUUAUGCAUAGCUCUUACUAAAUGCCAGUUUUCAGUUGCUCGUAAUAGCUUAUAUUUUCCCUUUUCCUCCCCACGGCAUAAAAAUAAGUGAUUUCUGGGGCUGGGGUGAAGAUAUUCCCAAUUCUGACAAAAAAAAUUUUUUUUUCUACAAAGAAAAUAGAGGCAAAUAAGAUAAAUUUUAUUUUUAUGGAGAAGUAAUAUGGCCAUAUUAUGGAUUUGUCUCUUUUGCUCAGCAAGGUAGCAGGACUUGCCCUUCUAUAUUAAGUAUCACUUGAAACGCUAAGAAAAAACAUCUCUACCAUCAUCUUUCAUGCUUGCAUUUAAAUGUGUAUUUUCAAAGAGAAAUAUUUCUUAUUCUGUCUCCAUUCCAGUAUCUCAUGGAAUAAAUACAAAAUAGCUUAUGGAUUAACGUUUCUGGUCCAGAUGAUUGGACCAGAUUCUGGGUCUUAUCUAGGUGUCAGGAAAAAGAGUUUUUAUGGAAACACUAAAUGUCUGUAAAGGGCCUGCGUCACUCUGUCUACACUAUGCCAGAACUGGUUAAGAGAUGGGUAUAAUCAGGCAUUUGUUGGGUCACUGGAUCUCAAGAUGUCAAAAGUUGGGGUUUGACUGAUUUUCCUAUCUCCCAAUAUGUAAUGUUUUGGUUUUCUGUAGACACUGUUCUAGUGUUAGAGUUCACAUGGUUUUGUUUUGGUUUAAGAAAUCAGAAUUAUAAUUCCUUCUUAGGUUCUUUUGUUUACUUUACAUUUUCAUAGCUCUAAAUAUUUUUAAUUACCUGACUUCUUUUCUUUAGCUAUAAAAAAUUAAAAUCAAUUUAUUUUUAUGAGUUAAAAUGGUAACCAGUCUCUGCCCUGUGUACUUAGGCCAGUACAUCUAAUUUUAAGUAGCCAGAAUGUAUAAGUAUUAAGGUACUGUGGAUUCAUUUUGGGCAGGUUUAGCCCAUGAACUGGCUACGUGAAAAAAGCUUUCAGUAAGAUAAUCUAACCACUGAAACAAUUCAUGUAUCUUUUUCCAAAUUGGUGAAAAUUCAGCCUACUGGCCCGUGAGUUGCCUAGUCAAGCUUGUUCUAUACUUACUGGCUGUGAUGCCUCCCUUUAUCUUGUGGAAGUGGCUGGAUUCCGUGUUUUCCUCAGUCUCAUUUAUAAACCCUCUACCACACAGAAGCUGCAGCUUAGACAAGGAGACAUCAGUGGUGGCAUUCAGCUAGUUAAGUGCAGAGAAAUAGGUAAAACAGUUGUGACUUAAUGGUAGUAGUAGAUAAUGAUUUUUUCUGUAUUGAUUGAAGCAAGUGACUUCUAUUAACCUGGGAUCCCCUGUACUGGGAUAGUGUCACAUACUGUGCUCUCCAAGAUUGAUGAAUGAUGUCAACAAGACAGCUGGCAGUUGAUAGUAGUUCAGCAUCCUAGAAAUACACUGAAUUUCAUAAGCAUACAGAUUUUAAAAUUCCAACUGAAAUCCUAGAAACCCAGAAAAAACAAGACCAUCAUGCCCAUGAUGUAAAUACUUAGCUUCAAUACUGGUCUGUUUUUUAAUAAUCCUAAUUCUUGCCUUGUCAAUGAGCCCUACCGUGUUGACUCGCCUGAUGGCCACAGGUACUUAUCCAACAUCCGUGUGCCCGGCAAGACUUAGUACUGGGGGUACCGUAAAGCUGGGGUGGGAGGCUCUGUUCUGGAAGGUAUGUUCUCCAAGAAAUAAGCAGUAUUACUUUCAUUUCUAAGCAAACUUUUUAAGCAGAAGAGGCCCCGUGUAGUAAGAAAAAGAGCAUAACUUUAUUAGUUUCAACUGAAAAAGUCAACUGUAGAAGUGGAAGUCAAUUUUUUUUAUUUUUAAAAUUUAAGAAACGUUUUUUCAAAAGUUAGUAGGUUAGUGUUGGUAAUAGAGGGGUGUGGUGUAUAGCAUGGAAGGGAGGAUGAACCUGGGUUCUUGUUCAAGUUCUGUCAUUCACGGAUCAGCUGUGUGACUGUAAAUAAGUCAUUUAUGCUUUCUGAGUCUUGGUUUUCUCAUUUGGCAGUAUGGAUAAAAAUGUGGUUAAGAAAAACACCGAAAAGCAUUCCUUAAUUAUUGACACUUCAUACUUGCAGAGAAUUUAUCAUUAUUUAAAUUACAACUGACAACGCACAUUUAUAUCCUUUUUAAGUGAAAACUGUUACUCCUAAAAUCUGUUUCAUAUAGAGUAUAUGCCCAGAGCAUGCUACCUAAAACAUCUGAAGAAUCUCCAAGAAGGUGUUGGAUUAAAAUCAGAAUCCAUGCUUGAAGUGAAAGAAAAAGAAGUGAGAUAGUUGAUGGAUAAGAGUGAGAAUGUAAUCCCCACGUAAUCAUUAAGAUGAUUUAAAGGUUUUGCUCAAAGAGGAAUUAGGACAGUACUGCUCCACAGACUCUGCCUACUCUUCAGGCACUAGAUAGAGGUCAAGUAAGUCAUGCAGUUAAAAUGUAGCAACUACCCAAGGAGCUAGGGGAAAAUAUAGAAGGUGGUCAGAAGAUGGGAACCAACAAAGACAGCUCAGGGCUGGCUAACAGCAGCUUGCUGGGUAGAGGGAGAAACCACAGCCACUCUAGUCGUGGAAAUGAGACUUGACAUCUUCAAAGGAGAAGAUUCUUUCUGUCCUUUUCAAGAGAUGCUCUCUGUAGUGAUAGGGCAACUCCCCAAAGAGUGAGGAGUGAUUGUACGGCCCACGUGACUGCUGGCAGGAGUAACUAUUGCAGCAUGUAAGCAUUUUGCAAUUUUAUAUUAAGAGAUGAAUAAUGUAAAUCUGAAAAUUUUUCAAAAGCUCAUUUUCCCCCAUUAAAUAUUAGGCUAAUUGCUCCCUCCGAAAAGAGAAGCUAAAAAUCAUCAGUCAUUUUCAGAUGUCCAAGCUUUUAUCUAAAGCAGUCUUGAGAAGGUUGAACUUCAGAUCGUGAGCUUAGGAAAGGAGUGUUGCCAGUAAGGAAAGGAGACCAGUGAGAGCCAGGAGGGCAGUGACUCACCUGGGGUCACAGAGGACCCUAGACCUCAGGUCGCUUGCUUGCUUAGCUCCUGUUGUGACACUGUGCAUCCUGUCCUCAUCCGGGGGUGGAUGAUGGUCACAUGCUGUCUACUAGCCAGCUGGAAAGAAAGGGGGACAAAUAAUAUACUUACUCCAUUGCUGAUGAACGUAAUGUAAUUUUAAUAAUACUGUAGCCUUACUAAAAACCCUUUUAUUUUGUUUUUCACUGAACAUCAUCCCUAAGUCAAAUAUUUGAUACCCUUAUGUAAACAAAAAUUUUAAAGUAAGGGCAUUAAGAAGCAAAUGCCUAUUUCCAAAGCAAUUAGCUUAUCAUGACUGUGGUUUUAUUCUUUUAUCGUAUUUUUUCCCUUUAUAAUGGGUAGGGAAAAUAAUACUCACUUGCCUGCAUUACCCCUUAGACUCUCCCACUCACCCUUGGUGCCCUUUCUAGUGUCCUAAAGCUUUGUCUUAGUAAGUGCAAAGUUAAAUUUUUUGUUAUAACCUUUUUGAAACUGUAUUCAGUGAUUCUUCCAAGUUUAUCUGCUCUGCACUAUCUCACUACUAAACCCUGGCUACCACGUAGCCCUUGACCUCCAAGUAGUUUACCUAUGCAAGACCUGUGACAUUCUGAAUUCACUUUUCUUUUUUUCAGCAAACAGUCCUAAAGGGAACUUGAUCAUAAAGAUAAACCUUGCCUCCACCCAGUUUUAUUUUGGCCAUUUCCUUUUCAAAAUGUCAGCUCUUUCCCCCAAGACUUUUCACCAAAACAAUGAUCAUAAGUGCUGGAAUAUAGACUAUUUUGCAGGAAUAAAGUAACCCAGGCAUACUCUUACAUUUCUUUGGUGGAUUUUGGUUGGUAACAGUUACCAGCAUUAAGUGUGAUAUAUAGUGAGGAGUUGAUUCCUUGCCUAGAAUCAUUUCUUCCCUCUAAGAUUCAUAAGUAACCUUUUAUUUUUACAAAGCAUACAUACAAACUUCUACAUUAUAGUCAGGGACCUGAGGUGUAACUUGCUAAGUGAACCCCAAGGUUAUUUUAUCUUGCAAAAGAAACCUAAACCAAACUAAGGGCCUUACAUUUAUGGUUAGACUGAAUCAAAAGCUAUAACCUCAGUUUUUUCAAAAACAGCUUCUGACUGCAAAAGCAAGUCAUGCAGUUGUUAGGUAUGAAAUAGCACUGAUCAGGAAACACAUAUGCAUCUUUGCAGACUGUAUUUCCUUCCGAAAAGACUUUUCUACUUUUAAUAUAAAUUAAGCCAUAACAGUUUCAUGCUGUGGAAAGAGGGUGAAAAGGUUCAUUUUAAGAGAUUAUAUAAUAUGAAUUUUCACAUUUACUGUGAAAUGUCUAACUUUGCCAGUGCUUCAGCAGGUUUUUGUGGGGGUGGGGGUGGGGGCGUAGAGGGUGGCGAUGUGGGGUUAGUGUUGGUUUUAGGGGUUUUAAAUCUGUGAAAUUUGAAAAGGGGACAGUUGUUGGCUAUGGUAUUUACUAGUUUUGUAGUAAUGUUUUGCUAGCCUGACUGACUUUCCUUAACUGAUUUUUAUGCCCAUGGUCCAAGAUGACUGUUGCCCUUUCUUGUUUGGGGUGUCUGCGGAAUAGUGUCUUGUCUGUUUGUAUAGGCAGUCCGUAUGUGUGCACAUGUGUGUCCUUUGAAUACAGAAGCACACGGUGUGACAACAGAGUGGGGUGUGGCUGGGAAAUGGGAUGCUGAAGCUUUAAGAACAUUUUUUUUUUGAUUCAUAACAGUAUUUCCCAUCUUUUGCCUGCAGGCAGGGAAAGUGUACAGUAUUUAUUUUGUUUCUGUUUCAAAUUUGUAAGUCUUUAAGUAGCUUACAUUGGUUAUUAUAGGAGACGACAAGUGACUUGUUUAAAGUUGUAUUUAGUACUCUUACUUUCCAAUUUCUGUAUUUUAAAAUAUUGAAAUUAAAAUUGUAUUACUUCUGUUUUGAUUAUUUUAGCACUCGGUGUAUUUUUUGCUCAUUUUGUUUGAAAGUAUAAAUGUUGAAAGUUGUAUAAAAUGUGUCUUUGAAAGAAAAAAAAAAUCUGAAUUCUAUAUCCAA